AGAUUCAAGAUGUCAGCGUCCAUGAAAACGUUUUGAAUACAUGUACUUAUACCAAAAAGUGACUGUAGUUUUAUCUUUUAGGAAACGCAGGGUUCGACCUUCGAAAUAAGAGUGCUUGGUGUGGAAACUUAGAAAAAGAAGCACAAGAUGUCUGACAUGUCAGAUGAUGAGGAUGAUAGAAUAAAGAUAGUGAAAAAAGAUAAGGUUAUCCAGUAUGGUAGUCUUGAAGAAAAGGAGAAGGAAAGAUUAGCUAAUGCCGAGACUAGCGGAUCUUUAGCUAAUGACGCUCUUGAAGCCGGAAAAGCAUCCGGCAAUAUCAAUAUAUCUUCAGAACAGAGUCAUUUUGAUAUAGAUGAUGAUGCAGGUCAAGCUGAAGCCUUAGCUGUGUUUGAAAAGAGAAAGAGGGCCAGACAGAUCCAGGUAUCCACAGAUGAUUUUGAAGUUAAAGCCACAUUACGAGAGCUAGGCGAUCCAAUCUGUUUGUUUGGUGAAGGACCAGCAGAAAGAAGGGAGAGAUUACGUCAAUUAUUAGCACAAAUUGGAGCAUAUGCCUUGAAGAAAAAAGAGGAGGAAAAAGCUGCUGAAGCCAAGAAGAAAGAAGAGGAAAAUGUAACAUGGUAUCAUGAAGGUUCUGAAAGUUUAAAAGAAGCCAGAUUAUGGAUAGGAAAUUAUUCUAUACCCAGAGCUAAAGAAAGAGUUGGUAAACAAAAAGAAGAGAAAAAUAUUCCAACUACUCAACUCAAUGCGAAAUUACAAGAAUUACAUAAACGAAUUCGAUCUGUUACCAAUGAUUGUAGUCAGAUAGGAGACAGUAGACCAUUGUCUUUCUGUGAAUUCAGUCCAGAUUCUAAACUUUUAGCAGUGGCCUCUUGGUCUGGUUUAUGUAAAUUAUGGUCAAUACCAGAUUGUGAAAUGGUGAGAGAAUUGAGAGGUCAUAGUUGUAAUGUAGGAGCUAUUGUAUUUCAUCCACAAGCUACACUAUCAUUAGAUGAUAAUGCCUGUUGUAUGGCAUCGUGUGGACAAGAUGGCACAGUUAAACUAUGGAAUCUAGUUAGUGAUGAGCCUAUAGCUGAUAUAGAAGGACACGCACCAUUCCGUGUAUCCAGAUUAGCCUACCAUCCAUCAGGUCGUUUUCUAGGAACAUGUUGUUUUGAUAAUUCCUGGAGAUUAUGGGAUCUUGAAGCACAAGAUGAAGUUCUACAUCAAGAAGGCCACAGUAAACCAGUUUAUGAUAUAUCAUUCCAGAUUGAUGGUGCUCUCGCAGCCACAUGUGGAUUAGAUGCAUAUUGUCGUGUAUGGGAUUUACGAUCUGGUAGAUGUAUCAUGUUUUUAGAAGGUCAUUUAAAGUCUAUUUUAUCUGUUGACUUUAGUCCUGAUGGGUAUCAUCUAGCGACCGGCAGUGAAGAUAAUAUGGCUAAAGUUUGGGAUCUACGACAGAGAAAAUGUGUUUAUACUAUUCCAGCUCAUACUAAUCUUAUUUCCUGUGUUAAAUUUCAACCUGAUCAUGGAAAUUAUUUAGUAACAGCUUCCUACGACGGUACAGCAAAGAUUUGGGCACAACCAACUUGGACACCAUUAAGAACAUUAGCAGGACACGAAGGCAAGAUAAUGGGACUAGAUAUAUCACCAGAUUUAAAACACAUGGCUACUUGCUCCUUUGAUAGAACUUUUAAAAUCUGGGUAUCAGAGACUGCAGGCUCUUUAUAGUCAAUGAUAACCAGACUUAACACAAGACACAAUUCUAUGGAUUAUUAUGACUUGUUAAUACUGAGCGAUGUUUCCACUUACGUCUUUAUCAGGGAGGUUGGAUGGCCGAAUGGUUAGCGCGUGCAUGUUGUAUCAUAAGGUCUGCCAUUGAGUCAACUGCCGUGGUUUCGAUUCCAUGGUUGUACGUGACAAGGAGUAGGGUCGCCUGUUCAACCUCGUGGGUUUUUUCCAGGUCCUCCGGUUUCCUCCCAUGGCUAAAGACCCCUACGCGUAAGCGAAUUAUUGAAAUAAAAUUGAAGCAUAUGUUAGUCCCUAAAUGACCUAGAUUGUGUCGAGUGGACAUUAAACCCCAUUUCUCUCUCUCUUCUUGGUGUUUUACGUCAACAUCCAACAAGGGUAAUAUCACAGACAUGUUGCCUUAUUUUUAUUAUCUUAGCGCACGUGCAGGGAUGUUUCCUGUGGGGGUGAAACCCUAGUAUCCAUGGUAAACCUAAAAGGUUGAGAAGGCAAUCCUAUCUCCAAGGGAUGAAAACCAUGACCACAAGCCAGGGUAGACCAGACAGCUUAGAGCUUGAAGUGCGAAAUUAUCAGCAUAUUCUCUUUUGAGUAUCUAUUAAAUAGCGAGAACUGUCAGCUCUUUAUCGAAAUCUUACCUUAUAUUGUUUUAAUAUUAGUCAAAACGGCUCAGUAAUAAACCCUAAUUGUAUUCCAUAAAAUUGUGUCCCAUGUAUUUCCAUUUCACUUAUUAAAUGCCAUUGAAACAACCGUAACUAAGUAAGCAUUUAAUAAUGAAUAAAUUUUGACAACAUGUUAAUCUGUGAACCAAAUGCGCCAGUUUAAUUUUGGCUGAAGUAGGCUUCUUCUGUAUUUCUUUUUGAAUUCGUAUAUUUUAUCUCUACAUGCUUGUUUUCAAAUAUCAUUUAAAUUAUUUGAAAUUCCGUUAUUAUCUUUAUGAUGUAUUUAAACUUGUAUCUAAACUCGACUGUCUGAUCUUGAAAGUACUGCAUUGACCAAGAAAGUUUUCUGACAUGGUUUCCCCUUAUCAGUGGUACAGGAAGGAGGAACUAACAAACCAAGGUUCCGUGUAUACAUUGGCGUGCAUGUGAAAGAUCCCUUUGCAGUUGUAAUUCGAUAUAAGAGGAGGCCAUAGUCUCGCUGCCCCGGGCAAAAUUUCCCUCAUAGCACACUGUAUGACGUAUGCCCGUCAGGUCUUCAUUAGCCCAGUUGGAGUCGAGUAGGACAUUAAACCCUGUUUCAUUUUCAUUUUGUAGUCAAAGUGUUGACUAUUUCAACUAAAGUCAUAAAUAGAUGGUGUAUUCCAACAAUUAAAGAUGCAUUAUGUAAGAUUUAGAUAAAUUUAUUUAUAUAUUUUAUCAAGCAUGCUUUUUAUUAUCUCAUGUCAUUAUGUAAAUAUAAUAUUGUCUUACUCUAUAUAGCUUUUGUAAAGUGCACAUGAGCACAUUUAUUUGACAGUUCUGUGCUAUAGAAAUGUGUAAUAAUAAUAAUAAUUCUUGCUAUAAUAGUUCCAAAAUAGAUAAUUCAAAAUUAAUGUAUUGAAUAUACCUUAUUCUGAGCAAAGUUAUGACUGUUGAAGUUUUGACAGGACGUGGCAUAGAUUGUUUAAUAUCAUAACAACGUUACUUGUUAAUCAAGACUCAGCCUCGCUUCUCCAUUUUUUUAAUUAAAUGGCAAUCAUAUUUAAAUCUACGACGUACGAGGGCCUAGGGUGUUGAUUAUAGGCUUGCAGGCCCGUAGCUAGUCGGGGGGAGGGAGGGGGAGCAGUUUAGCAGCGACCGGGGGCGGGGAGUUUAAAUCUACGACGUA